CGCUUUGCCAACGGAAGGCUUUCUUAUACGUGGAGGACGGUGUACAAGCGUCUUGCUGGCCGUGAACGUAUAUACACGAAACACACAUGGAAAAACAGCAGCGCACGCGGCGUGUGCUGAAUCUCUCGAUUGUCCCAAUGCGUCGUCGAGUGCGCGUUGGACGUCACAACAGGUAGUUGAGCGAGGGCAGCGUGCUCCGGCUUGUCUGUGGAAAGAAAGGAAAAGACCGAGGGAGGAAGCGAGAAAUCGAUAGUCGGCACGAGUACGCUGGAGAAAGAAAGUAAAUGUCUAUAAACGAUGGAUUUAAGUGCUGCAAAAGGAAGUAGAAUUCCUUUCAUACCAGGAACAAAACCUUCAAUAAAAAAUUCACAAUUACUUAUUUCAUCUGGAAUCCCUUCUUUGGAUCACAUAAUAGGUGGUGGAUUACCUAUAGGUUCCCUAUUUCUUAUUGAGGAAGAUCAUUAUGGUACCUAUGCAAAGAUUAUGAUAAAGUACUUUAUGGCAGAAGGUGUGGUCACAGCUCAGCCAGUGUUGAUAGGAUCCAAAGAUGUUAAACCAUCUCAAUUCAUAUCAGACAUACCAGCUGUCAUAACAGAUGUAUCAAUCGACAAACCUCCAGUCACAGAUGAACAAAUGAAAAUUGCAUGGAGGUACCAAAAUAUGAAAUUAAUUGAUGCAUCUCCAACUGGCGGACAAAUUUUUGGUCACUUUUAUGAUCUUACAAAGACAAUGGAGAAAGAAGCAAUCGAUAAAGCAAAUAUUACACAGUGGUAUGAUGACAGUUUUCCUGAAAAAGAUGAUGCAUUUGAAAAUGCAACAUAUUCAAAGUUACUAAAGUGUAUUCAAGAAACUUUACAGAAAGGGCAAUACCUAGUAUCAGAUACACCUGCGAAAAGACAGGCUUUGAGAAUUGCAAUUCAUUCUUUAGGAUCUAGAUUAUGGUUCUCUGAUUCUGAGAACGAUUCACAUCAAGACUUAUUGAAAUUUCUGUACCACUUUAGAGCUCUUCUGAGAUACUCUUAUGCAGUUGGAGUGAUCACUGUACCUGUAGAUUGUUUAGAUAAUUCAGAUUCCAUAAUACAGCGAAUCGAGCAUUUAUCAGAUAUUGCAAUCAGAUUGGAAUCGUUCGCAGGUUCUCAAAAAGAAACAAAUCCAUUAUUCAAGGAUUAUCACGGCCUGUUACAUCUUAAAAAAUUGCCCGCCAUAAAUACUAUAGCACCUCACAAUCCAGAAACACGAGAUCUUACGUUCAAACUGCGACGUAAGAAAUUUGUUAUCGAGGUUUUGCAUUUACCACCCGAAUUAGGAGACACCGCACAACGAGAACAAGAUGAAGAAGUACCUCAUUUGGGAUGCUCUAGUCAAUCGCGCAAAAAUCCAUUAGAUUUUUAAAAGGCGUAAUGGCGUGCCUUCAUUAUAAUUAUUUUUACUGUACAGAAAUAUGUAACUUAGGAUUUUAUAUCGCUUGCGAAACUACUUCAGCUGUAUAAAUAUUUCAUAUUUUUAGAAAAAUAAUAAAAGUUUAUUCUUCUA